AUGAAGCUGAUCAUCGCUUUUUUGGUUGCAUUGCUUCCAGUCGCUAGCGGUGUUCAAGAAGGACCACCAGAGCAAGUCCUCGAGAAUCGGGAGCUCCAUGGCGACGACUGCAACCUUCUAGCGCCAGAUGAAUUCUGCCAGGACGAAGGAGGAGAAGGUGCCAGGGCCCGUAGCGGGAACCUACCCUGCUACAACGACUUUCGGUUGCAUUGUGUGUGCAAUACACCACUCUACCAAUUGAGCCUCGAUGGUGAAGAGUGUGAGUUUUGCAACUGGAAUACCGGAGACCGAUUCUGCCAGGGUGGGGGGGGCCAAGGUGCCUUUGCCGACCCUAGAUUGAUUUGUUGGAAUGACUUUGCAGAUCACUGCCUCUGCCGCACUGGCUACCGGAAAACGAACAAAGAAUGCGAGGACUGUCACUUGACCCAAAAAAAUGAGUUUUGCCAAGAAUUCUCCAGUGUCGCUUUUGCUAUUCCUGGGUGGGAUUGUUAUGAUGACUUUGAAGAGGAUUGUCAAUGCCCUCCAACCCAUCGCCAAGACAGGGAUGGCUGCGAACUGUGCAACCAAGAUGAUCCCACCGCGUGGUGUCGCAGUGUUGGUAAUCAUCGGUCCUUCCACAGAACCGACAGAACCUGUUGGACUGACUUUGACGAGGAUUGUCAAUGCGAAUCUGGGUUUUGGGUCAACAAUGGUCAUUGUACGGAUUGUAAUCUCAAAAAUGCAGAUUUUUGGUGCCGUGACCAACAUCCUGAAGCCCAUGCCAAGCCGGGCAAGAGCUGUUAUAAGGACUUUGAAGAGGAUUGCCUUUGCAAUCCGGAGUUCGUUGUGGAGGGUGACACCUGUGUUACGGACUGCCACGAUGACGAUCCUGAUGAAUUUUGUCGUGAAAUAGGUGGUGCCGGGGCAUUUGCUGAUCAAUCCCUAAACUGCUGGACAGACUUUUUGGCGCACUGCCAAUGCUUUGCUGGAUUCCUCAAGCGAACGAAUCCAGACCGAUGCGAGAUGCAAUCAAGUUAGAGUCGUGGUUCCUCGAAUGUUCUCAAAUUUGAGAUAACAAGACUCAAAACACACCAUUGCGAUAUUGCGAUGCACCUCUCCUCUGUCUCGUUCGCACCUCCACUAUUUAAGUCAGCGGAAGCUGCGAUACCUUGACAGAAAGACAGAUAGAAGAAGGAGGAUCAUGUUCGAGAUUGCACCCAUCUUUCAAGCCAGCCCUGGCGACAACACCCGACUACGUCAUGUGUUGCCGCCCAGUAUCAUUCAUUCCCUCAUUGCAACCUUCUUUAUUAAGCUAGCCCUGGCGACAACACCCGACUACGUCGUGUGUUGCCGCCCGCUACUCUAUAAUUUACCAGCUGCCAUUCCCUUAUUGUAACUCUAACCUUUACAGCUCCUGCUGGCUUAUUGUGCUGUUGUGCUGAUUGCACUAACCUUAAAUAUUAAUGAUUUAUUCCUACCCUAACUUGUAUUGAACCA